AAGGGACGUGGGGUUAGCGCUCCCUCUCGAUCCGGGAUAUGACAUCCUAACAAGGCUUGGCCAAUUGGCUGAAGUUGCUGUAAGUAGGCAAGAAGGGCACGAGAGGCCAACAUACCGAGAUACAAACAAGCAACUGUUCUAACAGAAGAGGAGGCAUCAUCUCGUAGUCUGCCCUAUGUUUAACACUAUGAGACGGGUUACGUAUUUCUUGUUAUAUAUUGGAUCCUGUGUUCUUCUGUGGCGGGUUUCUAUUGCCAGGGCAACGAAACUGUCGUAUGAUAAAAGUCUGUCUCGUACAUUAGAAGAUGCCCUGAUAUCUCCAUACCAUGAGGUGGGUAUUGUGUUACGUGACAUUGUCCCGCGACGGAGAUACGGAGAUAGUCAACUACUGCUAUCAGUGAGCUUUCCUGGAACACAGCAUAGUUUGUGCAUUCUGCUAGAACGAACAAAACACAGAGUUCUGUUAAUCACAAGGGAGUAUGGGCGACUCAGAAUACAAAACUUGCCUAUUAAAGGACUACACAAGAAAAGCUAUCAUAGACAUAUGGUUUUUUAUAUCUCACCUCCAAACUCUAAAGGUUUUUCACGAGUCCAACUAUACGUUGAUUGCGAAUUUCAAAAUCAACUUUUCAUGCCCCUUUCCAUGUUUGAGAUGUCGGCUCAAGUAAACCCAGCGAGAAUCCGGACGGAACGAUAUCACAAAAUAGAUGUUUCGAUAUACCACCACGUUACUCUACAGAGAGCGCUGGAGGAGGCUGGCUGUGAGCCUCAGAGGUCCAAGAUCGUUCAACCACCUAGCGAUCUUGUUCGUGAUGACGGAGGUCAAGAAAGCUUAGUAUUAUCUUUAAAGGAGUUAACAACAGCUGUUAAGGAACUACGAUUUUUACUGGAGUCUCAGACAUUGGAGACAAAAAUGCUACGAGAGUCGUUAGAAAAAUGUGAAAUUUGCAAAGUUCAAAACACCUGUCGAGACAAGCCUUGCUUUCCUGGCGUUCUGUGUGAAGAUACUCCACGGGGAUACCAGUGCGGUCCCUGUCCAAGAGGUUUCCAAGGCAACGGAACUAAAUGCAUCCCUCUAGUCACGUGCAGUGACAAGCCUUGUUUUCCAGGUUGGAGACCGAAAUAUGUUAGAUGUUACGACCGAGAGAAAAUUGGAUAUGAGUGCGGACCAUGCCCACCUGGGUUUACCGGGGAUGGAGUUAACUGUUCACCGUAUAACGCAUGUGAAGAAUCUCCAUGUUGGCCUGGUGUUCAGUGCACUACCACUGAUACCAGUACCGGGUUUCGAUGUGGACAAUGUCCUGUCGGUUUCUCUGGUAAUGGUACUAUAUGUGAAGACAUUGAUGAGUGCAGUUUGGUUCAGCCAUGUUACCCAAACGUCACCUGUACUAAUAAUGCUCCAGGGUUCCUCUGUGAUUCCUGCCCCCCUGGAUACACUGGCCAGAAGGUGGAAGGGGUAGGAUUGAAACAAGCUCGGAUGUUUCGACAGCAUUGUUUGGACAUCAACGAAUGUGAGGACGGAAAUAACGGCGGUUGUGUGGAACACUCCCUGUGUAUCAAUACUGAGGGCUCUUUCACGUGUGGAGAAUGUGUCGAUGGUUUUAUUGGCAACCAAACGUCUGGUUGUGUUUCUCAUCCCGGAAGAUGUCCAGAUGGAACAACUUGUGACUGGAAUGCGGUUUGCGAGUUGCAGCGUGGCUUAAACUCUUACUCUUGCAGGUGUCGGAUUGGCUGGGCAGGUGAUGGGAGGUUUUGUGGACCAGAUAAAGACCUGGACGGCUGGCCAGACACUAAUCUUCCAUGUCCAAAUCCUCACUGUAAAGCUGAUAACUGCCCUAAUACGCCCAACAGUGGCCAAGAAGAUGCCGACAGUGACACUAUAGGCGACGCCUGUGAUGAAGACGCAGACAAUGACGGUAUUAUUAACAAUCCGGACAACUGCCCUCUUGUGGCAAAUCCAGAACAAAGCGACACUGAUCCAGAUGGCGCUGACAGACUAGGUGAUGCCUGCGAUAAUUGUCCUACCGUUCCAAAUCCUGAUCAAACUGAUACCGAUGGUGACGGAAUAGGUGAUAUCUGUGAUGAAGAUGCAGAUAGUGAUGGUGUCUCCAAUUCCCUGGACAACUGCCCUUUCGUGGCUAACCACGACCAGAACGACACAGAUGGAGACAACAUUGGAAACGUUUGUGACAACUGCCCUUUUGUUAUCAACCCUCUGCAAAUUGACGCAGACAAGGAUCUCGUGGGAGAUGCAUGUGACAACAACAUUGAUAGAGAUUACGACGGGAUCCAAGACAACCUCGACAAUUGUCCAGAUGAUGCUAACAGUGACCAGCUGGACUCUGAUGAAGACGGACUUGGUGAUAGAUGUGAUUUUGACAAAGAUAAUGAUGGAGUUCCAGACAACCUUGACAACUGCGUGUUAGUUUACAACCCAGACCAGAGAGAUACGAACGGAACGGGUGUAGGUGACGCCUGCAAAAAUGAUUAUGACGGUGACAAAGUUCCAGAUCAUGAAGAUGUGUGUCCUGAUAACCGAAAGGUUUACGUCACUGACUUCCGGGCGUACUAUACUGUGGUGCUGGAUCCUGAGGGUGAUUCUCAGAUAGAUCCUCACUGGAUUAUUUAUAAUAAAGGAGCUGAGAUUGUACAAACAAUGAACAGUGAUCCAGGUCUGGCUGUUGGAUUCUACGCUUUUGGCGGUGUUGAUUUCGAAGGAACAUUUUAUGUCGAUAGUGAAAUUGAUGAUGACUACGUUGGAUUUAUAUUCAGUUACCAGGAUAAUGCUCAUUUUUACACUGUGAUGUGGAAGAAAAAUACUCAGACCUAUUGGCAAGCAACACCAUUUAGAGCCGUAGCAGACCCAGGCAUCCAACUAAAAGUAGUAAAGUCGCAGACAGGACCUGGCCAGCUCAUGAGAAAUUCUUUAUGGCACACAGGAGAUACGGAACAUCAGGUUCGACUUUUGUGGAAAGACCCGAGAAACGUGGGUUGGAAAGAAAAAGUUGCUUAUAGAUGGCUUUUGUUACAUCGACCAGACAUUGGACUAAUUAGACUUAGGGUAUUUGAAGGUGAGCAUAUGGUUGCAGACUCGGGGAAUAUAUUUGAUAAUACUCUGAAGGGAGGACGUCUUGGAGUUUUCUGUUUCUCCCAAGAAGGAAUUAUUUGGUCGGAUCUGAUCUACAGGUGUAACGAAGCUGUACCUCCUCCCGUCUAUGACGAGCUCCCACGGCGCUUGAAAAACAAAGUUGAAAUAGACACAUCAAGACCUAUAGAGAGAGGUUCAGGUUGAAAACCGUAGCACUUAACCAUCCUUCAGGCGUGUUAGGACAACUGUUCGAGAUACAGAAACUAUUACUCCUAAUGUAAAAAGAAGAGAUUUUCCUGUGCCUUUCUACUAACAAUGUUCAAUCUUAUCUUUCUUCUAAGUCAUUUUAUGUUCUUCCUCUAAGCUAAAAAAAGUACUAUAAGAAAUCUGACCUGUUCUGAUUAUUAUUUUAUUAUCGUACUAACUGGCUUAUUUUGAAACAUCUUCUCUACUAAAUAUGAAAUUUUACUAAAUCAAACUCAGUUUUAUUAUAUAUAUCUGUAUUCAUAACGAAACCCUACUACCAUUUUCUCUUUUUUUUUUUCGUAAUCAACUUUUGUAAUCAGCGGAUUAAAAGAAAACAUCUAUAUUAUAUUACCAUGUACACUGACAAAAAUGAAGCCAUUUGCUUACGCCCAUUAAUAUAUGUGUAGAUAGAAAUUCCCUUACUGUUAAAACAGGUUCGUUCUCGUGCUCGUCAAGAGCUUGUGUAUAUGAAACCUUUUUUGUUUGUUCUACUAGUCCUAGCUUUAUAUGGUUUUUGUACAUUAGACUUAAUCUUUAAAACGCUUUUCCUUGCUUCAAACAUUUAAAGUUCGAAAGCGAUAAUAAAAUUACAGUUGCUAUAGCACUUUAAACGAUGCAGAUCUAAGUAUUUGAUACGUAACAAAAAACAGCUCAGUACUUUUGGAAAACUGGAAGAUAGUAUUUAUAUUUUGAACAUUUAGUACAAGUAUAUUUUACCUUAGAAACUGGAGCGUUUACUGGUAUUUGAGUAGUGUUUGGAGUGGCACGUAAUGUAAUUAUAACCAUUAUAUUUCAUGCAACAAAAAAGACAAUAUUCGGAUAGGUUUAAAACUGGUUCAAGAUAUCGUAUGGAGCUUAUUUUCAAGGAUAUCUGCCCCCCCCCCCCAGUGGCACAGCAGUAUUUUCUGCGAUUUUUCAACGCUAGAAUCCGGGUUUCGAUACCCGUGGUGGGCAGAGCACACAUAGCCCAUCGUGUAGCUUUGUGCUUAAUUACAAAAACAAAAAACAAACAUCAAGGGUAUCUAAAUAUAUUAUGAAGAGUUGUAUGUACGCCAGCACGAUAUUACUUAGACGUGUUUAAAAUGGAAUGUAACGUCUAAGUCCACGACAUUGCUACGAAAUAUUUUUGAAAAUUAUAAGUAUAAUAUACUUUUUGUAGCAUUUUUUUUGUAUACAGGUUUAUUUAACUCUUUUUAUUAUGUUAGAAUAAUAUAGUGAAAUAAUAAAUGAAUUACCGUUGUUUUUGAUUCCUGUUACUACGUGUUGCUGUGAAAUAUACCAGAUCAGAAACGUUUUCUAAUGUGGCAUUUAAAUACUAUAUAUUCCUCCACGUUAACUCGUGCUCAUUAUUUCACUUAUGUAAAUAUCUUUAUAAUUGGUGGUUUUAUAAAUACGUCAUAAAUAGGACAGCAACUGGGUGAUUUAAGUAACUAUAUUUAAAAUUUUAGUACAUUUCUAUGUGUUUAUAGUGGUUAACCGAAAUGGACCCACAAAUGUUUGUAAAGUGUACGAUAGUUAUUUUCAAAUACAUUGCUCCUCAAACUGUAAGACAAUAUAAGACAAAAAUAGUUUUAAAGCGUAAGAAAUACAAGAGAUAAAUGUAGUGAGUCUCUUCGGAAUAUUCUCUCCUAGUUUAUAUUUUCAGCUUCACUAUGGUGAAAUUCAACAUAACGUUUCUCCAUUAACUAAUCUAAACUUCCAGACAGCUGCGUCAGAUACGUCGUCAAAAAAAAAAAUAUUUGCAAACUCCUAACUAUUUUAAAGAACGGAAACUAAGGUUUGACGUCUUCAGAAACCAGUAAACGUAGAAUAUGUAAUACUAAUCUGAACAGUAGUGUUUUUUCAAACAUACUCACUCUCAAGGGUUAUUACAUGCGAUUUCAGAACUCAAAGAGACUAAACCCACCUACUGGAAAUUCUCCGUAGUUUUAAAGCUUUUACAGAAAUUUCUUUUUAUUACCGUGAUUUGGAAAUCAAAAUCGUAAUUGGAUGAUUCUGUAUUUAGACUACAGAGACGCAAUUAAGUUAUUUCUGUGAUUUUAUCGUGGAACUUGUUGUUGUUGUAUUGUAGGUCUGUUUCCCUGGCAACACCACAUGUAGAGUUCAGAGCUUUUACGAUGAUUUAAGAGGUUCACUCAACUAUUUUAUAUCCAUAACAGUUAGCGUAUUUGAAUACAGCAGUAUUAGCUAACUAUACUUCACCAAAUUCAGCAGUAUGAAUAUGUGAGUUCUACCAUAUUCACGUCAGUAGUACAUAAAUGGGCUAACCUCAGUUUCCUUUCUUUGUCUCAGCUUUUAUCACCCUUCUUGAACAUCAGAAUAUCGCAGAUAACAAUGACUUAACUGAACACAACUUUCAGAUUCUACAUCCUAUUUCACAUUUCCCUUCGAAAUAUUUUAUCCACCUCCUUACAUUUCUGCAUUGCAGCUUGUAGCUUAGAUAAAGCUUUAGUUUUCAGCAGAUCAGGAUCGAUAAAAGUGUCUGUGUCGGUAAAUUUUACCACGUGACUGUAAUUCAUCCGUGACCACUGUAAACAAGACGUCCAAUAGACGUUGUUCACCGUCCUCACACACAGACAAACAUCUGUUCGAAUUUCAUUUCAAACAAGGCAGGCAUUACACAGAUAAAUAAUACUCAUUAUCUUACUGAAUAUAACACCCAUCACUUAACAUGAUUAUAAUUAUAUGUAUUAUAAGUCAUAAAAUAUAAGCCAUUAAUUUCCUAACCGCAGCUUUACUCCUCCAAAUUCGCCAUGUUUGUGGGAGGAGAGAACCGACCCUGUUUUAUAAUAUUAGUUAAUACCCUUAAUUCUACGAUCCUCUUAAAAGUUUAAAACUCUAUUUUCAAAAUCAUAUCCAAUCUGUAACAGAUGAAACCAACGACCAAUAUGAAAAUUAAAUUCACGGUUCAAUGCUGAAGCUACUUUGAUUCGUUUUUAGUUUUGAAAAUAUUUACUAAAAUAAUUAUGUAACAUUUAAACAUCGUAAUUGCUUUACUGCCAAGCAAACAUCCCUCGUGCUUGGGGUUUCAUGUUACACUACUAUUUAGUCAUGAAUACCAACAAUGGGCAAUAAAACGAUCUUGAAGGUAUUUAUAUAACGCAAUUGUUUUAAAAAUAUGAGAAGCUGACUCUGUAGGCCUAAAAUAUGAUAUCCAUGUAGACAUUGAAUAAAUUCACGGACUAUAAUAUUCAAUCGCAAAAAAAAAAGAACUUGUAAACUGUAAUCGUAGAAUUACCAUUGAGUCCGUAUGAUCCCCCAUCGGAUUUUACUAAACUAUUUAUACACCAACUUGUAUGUGGAUUUAUGGAUUUCAUGGUGCUAUGAGAAUGUAUGGGGGAGAGGGGAUGCAGUUAAUAUCGCACUUAAUUCCACUUGGGUUUCCUAUGUAUCUUACAUAAAAUGGUAGUGGUUUCAACUAAUUAUUUUGGUUAAUUAUUACACUGUGCGUUGUGACAGGGGAAAAAGAAAUGUUGCCCAAUACUCAAUAUCGUGAAAUAUGUGAGCCCAUUACCGGUAGUAAGCGGGAGUAAACGGCAUACAAUACAGCGUGGUAAUAUAACGUUAAGGGUUUGACUUAUUUAUACCACACAAUUACAAAAUUUAAUUAUAACUUGACGUUAAUCUGUAACCCCUAAUAUGUGUUGCUAAUGGUUUUUCGUGCCCUAGCUAAAUGUCAUUUCAAAAUAAUCAAUAUUUUCUGGCAGAAAUUUUAAGAAGAAAUGACUGAUCCAUGUUAAGAACCUGUAUUUCUAAUACGGCAGUAUUUUUACCUGACGUAUAACCAGUGCUCAUAAUGUACCUGACCAACGAUAUUCAUAAUUAAAUAAAGAAAUAAUUUUUUUUCUGGAAUUAAUCUUUUUUUUUACCACAGAGCGAACGUACUGUGCUAACAUGGUAGCAUGUACUUUUUUUGCCAACAUGGUAGCAUAUACUUUUUUAUUACCAUUUAUCCUCGUUCGGUCUAAGUAGGAUGUUGCGUAUAUGACUUCCGUUCUGUGUUUGAAGUCCUGAAUCAAACACAGAAUAAGCGUUAUAACUUGUAACGUAGGUUUUCUUAUAAUUUACCUUUAUUAUUGUGUGCAUAACGUCCCAUCUGGACUUUAUAUUGAUUGUGGAUGUUAAAUGGUUUGAUCAUUUGCUUAUUGAAAAUAGUUUUAAUUAGGGAUGCAUGGGUAGCUGGCCGGGUAUUGGACUUCCCGGUAAUACUCGGCUCUGGCCGAGUGUCGAAGUUAAAAACAGCCGAAUCUAAGCUCUAAUCUUUGUGGCAAGUUACGCGGUACUAAAAGUUACAGUCAAUAAUUGGUUUAGUUAAAAAAACAAAACAAAAAAAAACGUGUUCUGAG